AGAAAGGCAACGCAACUACUGCGGUACGUUUUGAGUUGGCCUGCCUACUUACUUACUUACUAUAUCCUGGAAACUUCCGUUAGAAACUGACUUUUUUUUUUAUUGCUAUAUGUAAGACAUAAGCUACAUUGUAGCCAAUAUGUUCCUGUCCGUAAAGUGGCCGGUUUAGAUUGUUGUAGCAUAUAUUUUUGCGGUGAAACCAUAUUCAACUCAAUUUAAAGACGUUGGAUGUUUAUUUUAUUUUAUUGUUUGACUUUACCAUAAGGCGUCUGAAAAAAAUGAAAGUGUGUUUCGUCGUGUGUGUGCUGAGCACGGUGGUAGUUUCUUGUUCGGGAGAAAAUAGUCGCUUCGAGAAGUCAUUCAACUAUUCCCGGGAAUGAUGCAAGUCCUCCGGGAGACGCUCACGGAUUUGUCCAAGGAGGCGCACGGUUACCUGGUCCACCUUCUCGGGGCAAGGUCCGUUGAAAAUGCACAGGAGUGUUUCUUUCAGGUGGUCAAGUAUCUGGCUGAGGCAGCGGCCAGUGGAGCGAAUGUGGUUAUGAAGUACCUCGCCCAGUUCCUGAUGGUAGCAGGAGUUGAUGUUGAAAUGCCUGUUAACAGUAUCACCCCAGAUGCUGUGGUCUAUAUCGGUCAGUGGCUUCUGCUGGCUCUCAUUGGCUACUGGCUGCUGUCCCUGGCCUUCCGAUUGGUGGCGUCCACUCUGAGGCGGGUCCUGUGGCUACUGAAGCUGGGUGUGGUUUUAGGACUGUUUUGCCUGAUCCUAAGUGACAGCAGUGCUGGAACGGAGACUACGGCGCUGCGAUUGGCCGGCCUGGUGAGCGUCUGCGUCCUAUUGGGUAUCGGGCAUUCUGGCACCGGGGUGAUAAAACCUACCUGGAGGAUCAAGUGAGGGUGCUAGAGAGACGAGUGAGAGAAAUGGAGAGGAGGAAAGAGAAGUGAGGGGUGGCUGGAUGGGAACUGAAAGGCCUUGUUUUGUACAUUAACCUAGGUCUAGGAUCGUAACAAGGACGUUGUACAUAAAGUUUUGUUUAAAAACAAAUGGUAUCGUUUUGCAUAAUGAAGCACUUUGCCUUUUUCAUAAAGAUCUUAGUUAAUGUGUGUGAGAAACAGAAUUGACAGCAAAUAUGAUUAGCUUGUUUUAAAGGAAACAGGCGGACAAGAGUAUUGUGUUUUCUGUUUAUUGAGGUGGACCCAUGCAUGUCCUACAAUAAAUGCUUUUGAUAUUCGCAGAAUAGAAACACUAAACAUUCCAUAAGGUAUCAUGAUAUGUCAUUGGAAAUCAUAUUUUUCUUCAUUCUCGCGCCUUUCCAGUUAUGGCAGCAUACACCACAAACAAGUUCAAAUAAAACAAAACUGAUGCAUACUUCCUAUUACCUACAUUUGAGAUCUGUCCAUUCCUUUUAAAGCGUGUUGGGUGUAGGGGGAUGAGACAGUUGGUGAGAAAAGCAGCUUUGGGAAGAACGUUUUAAAAGUAACUCCAAAAGUUUAAGCGUAAUCAAGAGGCCUUCUCAUCUGCCCUUCUCCAAUUGAGAUUUUACCUUGACCAACUAGGGCCAGGAGUUUACUGUUCUGGUUACAUGGUCUGGAAAUGACCUCUCCGAAUAUAAUCAUGUAAAAUACAUUUCUCACCCCCUGACCUGACCAGGGGUACAUUCAUUAGGAACCUAAUGGAAGCAACUAGGUUGAAACGGGUAGGGACUAACUGAAUUUGUCCCAAAAAGUUGUUACCGUUUGCUUCAUUGUGCACUUAUGAAGACACCCCAGGACAAGAAGGCACUGGAUGCGUUUGUGUGAUAAGGCUUAAGCAAACGACUAGGUGAAAUCGGGGGAGGAGCAACGGCGACAGCCACAAGUUUGGGCACGUGGUUUUGCACCAAAUCUCAGACGAACAUGGCAGUGUUGCCAUUGUUAUGAAAGUAUUUCUUUGUAA